GACACCAACAGUAGAUUGCUCUGGCCUAUGCGCAUGUGUCCAGCGCCCAUUUGCCUGGGCUGGACAAGGACACAAACUAAGAAGCGCGUCUGGGGACAGGCGGGUCAGGCUCUGUCGGUUACGGGAGCGAUUCUUCCCAGGACUGAGGUCUUUGUCCUCAGUGAGCUCCCUCGAGUCUGAUAUUUCUGAGCCUUUCGAGGGCGAGUAGCACUUCAGAGCGGUCGUCAGAGUCACACCGAUGACGUGACCGCAUGAGUUGCCGGGAAGUGUCGCUUGUCCUCAAUUAUUGUUGUGACACCCCAGACACAUGGCAUUUUGGGAAAUAUAGUCCAGGGCAAGUGGGCGCCAAAUGCUGCGGGCACACACGAGCUGGACAGCGUGGAGAGGGUUUCUGAUGAGAGCCCUACCAGGGUAGAGGCCAGUUCCUGUCCGGCAGCAGCAGGGGCCGCCCGUGCGCGGGCAGAAGAACCUCUGUGCGAGCGAACGAAUGACCCGGAAGACCUUUCGCGGCCGCAUCAUCUUCUGGGAAGUGUAGUUUUGUGGUUCGGAAGUCAUUGUCUUCACAACGCCCGUAGAGGGCUGCCGUUGGUUCUGGGAAGCAGAGUUCUCCAGAGACGACUGUUGUCCUCUCGAUACUUUGCAUCUGUGUCCUGCUUGAGCCACUCUGCGACGACGGCCCCAGGCGCUGUGGUUUCUUAGGGAGCCCGGGCCGUUUUUCUCGCGGUGCGCCGAGAACGCGUGCGGCCGCGGAGACUUCUGGGACGUGUGGUUUUUCAGGAGGCUACCGUGCGAGGCCCCGGUAACUUUUGUCCCUGAGGCGGAGUCGCCUUAGAAGUGCUGCUCCGGGCUGGGGCCCUCGCCCUUGGUCCACCCCGCGGUAGCUUCUGGCCAGCCGGCGGAUUCUCCGUCCUGGAACCUGGGAGGCCUCUGGGCAGGGUGCGGGGGCAGCGGCUAUCGUCCGCUAGGCGCGACCCGGCGCGUCGGGUCCUCGGAGGUGCCCGCCUUGGACGCCUCGGGGCACCGGGCGAGGCCCAGCGCGGGCUUCGGGGCCCGGAGGUCCCGCUGCGGAGUCAGGACGCUGCCCUUCUGUAAGACGGGAGCCUGCAAGGAGGCCUGUUGACUAUCGGGAACUGCGAAGUCAUGUUCCAGGUGACGUUUAGUGAUGUGGCCAUAGACUUCUCUCAUGAAGAGUGGGGAUGGCUAGAUUCUGCUCAGAGGGAUUUAUACAAGGAUGUGAUGGUGCAGAAUUAUGAGAACCUGGUCUCUCUAGCAGGUCUUUCUAUACCUAAGCCAUAUGUGAUCACUUUAUUGGAGGAUGGGAAAGAACCUUGGAUGGUGGAGAAAAAACUGUCAGAAGGUGUGUAUUCAGGUUGGGAAUCAAGAUGGGGAAACAAGGAAUUGUCAACAAAGGAGGAUAUUUAUGAUGAAGGUUCACCCAAAACGGUAAUAAUAGAAAAAAUUAUAAAACAAAGUCAUGAAUUUCCAAAUUUUAACAAGGACCAGGAAUAUGUAGAGAAGUUGGAGGGGAAGCUCGAAAAUCAGGUAGAACAUUUCAGACCAGUGACCCUCACCUUUAGAGAGAGUCCCACUGGGGAAAGUGUUUACAAAUACAGUACGUUUGGAAGCAUUUUCCACUUAAAGUCUAUUCUUUCUGAACCACAGAGAAUUUCUGCUGAAGGGAAAUCACAUAAACAUGAUACAUUUAAGAAGAACUUACCAAAAAAGUCACUUAUAAAAAAGGAGAAUAUGAGUGGUGGGAAGAAACUUUUGAAUUCUAAUGAAAAUGUGGCAGCCUUCAGCCAGAGCAAAUCUCUUACCCUUCACCAGGCUUAUGACAGAGAGAAAGUCUAUACAUGUGGUGAAUGUGGGAAGGCCUUUGGCAAACAAUCAACCCUUAAUCGCCAUUGGAGAAUUCAUACAGGAGAGAGACCCUAUGAAUGUCGUGAAUGCGGGAAGACUUUUAGUCAUGGCUCAUCCCUUACUCGACAUCAGAUAAGCCACAGUGGAGAGAAACCUUACAAAUGUAUUGACUGUGGGAAGGCCUUUAGCCAUGUCUCGUCACUUACAAAUCAUCAAAGCACUCACACUGGAGAAAAACCAUAUGAAUGUAUGAACUGUGGAAAGUCUUUUAGUCGUGUUUCACAUCUCAUUGAACAUCUGAGAAUUCAUACUCAAGAAAAACUCUAUGAGUGUCGAAUAUGUGGGAAGGCCUUCAUUCAUAGGUCAUCUCUCAUUCACCAUCAGAAAAUUCAUACUGGAGAGAAACCUUAUGAAUGCAGUGAAUGUGGAAAAGCCUUUUGCUGUAGCUCACACCUUACUCGACAUCAGAGAAUUCACACUAUAGAGAAACAAUUUGAAUGCAACAAAUGUCUGAAAGUCUUUAGCAGCCUCUCAUUUCUUAUUCAGCAUCAGAGUAUUCAUUCUGAAGAAAAACCCUUUGAAUGUCAAAAAUGCAGGAAAUCCUUCAACCAGCCUGAAUCACUGAGUAUGCAUUUGAGAAAUCACACUAGAUUGAAACCUUACGAAUGUAGUAUAUGUGGGAAAGCCUUUAGUCAUAGGUCAUCCCUGCUUCAACAUCAUAGAAUUCAUACUGGAGAGAAACCCUAUGAAUGUAUUAAAUGUGGGAAGACCUUCAGCUGUAGUUCAAACCUUACUGUACAUCAGAGAAUUCAUACUGGAGAAAAGCCAUAUAAAUGUAGUGAAUGUGGGAAAGCUUUUAGCAAAGGCUCAAAUCUUACUGCCCAUCAGAGAAUACAUAGUGGAGAGAAGCCCAGUGGUGCAGUAAGUGUGGAAAAGCCUUUAGGCCGUAUGAAUCACUAUACAAGUGAAAAGUCAUACAAGAGAGAAACUGUUUGAAUGAAGUAUUUGUAAUAUACUUUAGCCAUAGAUCCUCUCUGAUUCAACAUCAGAAAACUUAUACUGGAGAAGUCUUAUGAAUGUAAUGAAUGAAGGUCUUUAGCAAUAGUACAAACCUUAUUGUACAUCACAGUUCACACUGGAGAGAGACCGUAUGAAGGCAGUCAAUGUGCCUUUAGCCAGUAUUAAUCCCUUAAUUGACGUCAGUCAGUCCACAAUGGAGAGAAACCCUAUAUAUGUAACAAAUAUGGGAAAGACAUUAGGCGAUAUGAAUCUCGUAUAAAACAAACAUAGGAGAGAAGCAAUAUGAAUAUAAAAAUUGUAGCAAGUCCUUCGUUUAAAGUGCAUUUCUCAUUCUAUAUCACAGAACUCACACUGGAGAGAAAGCUUCUGUAAGAAAUGUAGCAAAGUGUUCACUAAGUUCUAAUCUUGCUAGACAUCAGAAGAUUAAUGCUAGAACACUCUGAAGGAUGUAGGAGAUGUAGGAAUUAAGUGUAAAUCUUUCUUUGCAAUGAUGCUAUUUGUAAACAAUUUUGCAGGAGAGCAAACAAGCAUAAGUGAAUAUGCAUUUCUUAUAGCAGUAGCAUGCAAUUUUACUCGAGUCCUACAUAGAAGUUAGCUAAUGGGCAUGUGAAGAUACUGAGUUGCCCACUGGAUCCAGUAAAUGUUAUAAGGUUGAAAAUUAAAACUGCAAAAGAAGUAAAAAGUGAUGUGGAUAAAAUUUUUGGUCUCUAAUAAAAUCGUUUUGUGUAUAGUAAACUCUUUCACUGUGACACUGGUAAUUCUUGCAGAAUUUUCCACUACUUUCCUCUUGAAGAAUUAAGAUCAGCCUUUCUAUAGUCUUCAGUGGGAGACUAGCAAGCCUAGAGAAAAGUGGCCUGAUCUCUGCUAGGAGUGUCAUUAUUUUGGUGAGGAUAAUUCACAGUCCAUUUCUAGGUGGCUUAAUUCACACAUUUUAAUUUUUACAAGUGCUGUGAGAACAUAACCAAGAAACAUACUAUGAGAGAUCAGAACAGGCUUAACUGUGGAUGUGCUUUUUAAUCUAAAUUCUAAAAGAAGAGUACUAAUUAUGUUGCUGUGUGGGCAUAUGCACUCUGGGGGUCAUUCUGUGCAAAGCAGACAAGCAAGUUCUGUCAUCUUUGCUGCAGCUAAACUCCAUGAUCUAAUGUCUAGUUUUAAGUUUUGUGGCUUUGAGGAGUACUGCUGGCAGCAGCACUGGUAACAGCAGUAGUCAUUUCUCCAACCCUGGAUCAUAAUGGGGAUUUACUUUGAAAUUAAUAGUCCAGAGCCAUCCCCAUUACUUUUCCAGCCUGCCCACCAAUUUUGAAAGCAUUAAUUGCCUGCAAUAUGUGUCUUCUUGAAAUACUUGAGAGUUUUGUUUUCUGCACUGUACUUUGACAGACGAUUAUGGUUUGUAAGGAGGAUGGCUUCAGAUAUUCUAAAUUUUAGAUAAUAAAUGGAAUAGUCUUUUCUGUCUCCAUGGUUUCCUAUCUUGUGAUGAUAAAGGUAAUACAGAUCAAUGAUUAGGAUUGUGUAAAUACUAUUUAAUGUAAAGGGCAGUUAUGGACAUUAGUCCCUCCUUAUCUGCAGGGGAUACGUUCCAAGACCCCCAGUGGAUACCUGGAACCAAACUCCAUAUAUACUAUGUUUUUUCUUAUACAUACAUACCUAUGAUAAAUUAGGCACAGUAAGAGACUAACAACAAUAAGAAUAAAAUAGAACAAUUAUAACAAUAUACUGUAAUAAAAGUUAGGUGAAUGUGAUCUGUCUCAAAAUGCUGCACUGUAUUUCAGACCAUGGAUGACUGUGGGUAACUGAAACAGCAGGAAGUGAAACUGCGGCUAAGGGGGGCUACUGUAGCUCAUGUUUCAGAUUAUGUUCUCUAUGAUAUUUGAUAGUAAUAAGUAAAAUUAUUUUAAAAAGGAAUGUCACUGAUACGAUAAUUCUAGUGUGAAAUGAGUGAUAGUGUUUCCAACUUUAGACAAGUUAUUCUCUGAGCCUAGUACUUGUGCUGCCUUAAGUGAAAGCCAAGAGGUGAAGGCACGUUCCAUAGCAAUUCUCAAUAGAGUUAGUGGGUUUGGAAUGGGAUGGUGAAGUUUUAAUAUUAAGCAAGGACUUAAUCUUUCCUUUGAUUUAUUUUUAGUCAUGAGAUUUAUUUUGAUAUUCUAUGAAAUGUUGAAGGAUCUUUGAGAGAUUGAUAAUUAAGGAAGCAUGGCAUGGUAUCAAACAAGGAUUAAGAACAGUUGUAAUUAUGGAUAGACUGGCUGCUAUGUAUAUAUAGUUGUGGGAUAAUGGCAGUAUCUUUCUGUUUCUCACAUUCUCUGUCCUUCAGCUCUCCCAAGCACUGGUACCUCAAAGGUGAAGUAGUCCUUUAAUCCCCCAGAUUUUAUUUGCUUUCAGUACACAUAGUUUUAUGCCAUCUUAUUUUGUUAUGAGAGGAUUCAUCCAAAUACCCAUGCUUAGUCAUUUAAAAAGCAUGAGCAUACACAUGAUAAUGUUUUACAGUUGAUUUGAAGUACUUCCCAGUGAUGCUGAACUAGGGAAAGAAAGCUAGAGGGUAGAAAUCCAACUUGCAUGUAUACUGGCUUUGUAUGACCUUGGACAAAUUACUUCACUUAUGCCUCAGUUUCUCCAUCUGUAAAAUGGUGGUGAUAACAUGCCACACAGUUGUUACGAAGAUUGAGUUAAUUGCGAUAAAAUGCUUAUGAUGCCUGGUACCUCAAAAGCGUUCAGUGAGUACUAGCUAUCAUCAUCAUCAUUAUCUUCACAUGGCUGGUUCAUCAUUCUGGUCUCAAAUGUCACAUUUUCUGCUGGGUCUUCCUAGUCACUUGCCACUCUUAUCUACUUACUGUUUCACUUUUUGGGGGGUUCUUAUAUGAUGCUUCCAUUUUCUUCCAACAGAUUCUCACUUGGUAUUUGAACCAUUUUGAGGGGGAAUAUAUUUAUUACCCAAAACAUUGUGAGGUGACACAAAGAGCACCAGAUAGGAGAAGAUGAGACACAAAUACAGCAGGGCUGCAGGAAGUUGGGAGGGUGCUCUACAGAUGUGUUUUGGAGAAAGGGCAGAACGAAGGAGGAGGUCUCCAUAUGGAGGAGAGGUGAAGCUUUACCCAGUGAGACAAGAAGCCUAAAGGACUUUGGCAUCACCUCUCAGUACAAGGUCUUGUGGGCUGAGUGCAACUGCCCUGACUGUUCCUGAAUAGAGGUUACAACCAUGUCAUUGAAAACCUUCAAUGAUGCCUGGAAUCACUAGCCUUGGGCUAGUCAGAUGUGAUUAGAGCCCAUUGUGCAGUCGUUGGUAAAGAUCCUGAAAGAACCAAGGCACUGAGUACUUCUUGGGAGGUUAGGUCUGUGCAGAGUACCAAGGGGGAGUCAGACACUGCCUUUAAACAGGAUGCAAUUGUGUUAGGAAAAAAAAAAAAACCUCUGAAGAAGCCAUUAAUAAAAAACAAUGACAAGUCUCUGUGGCUUGAGAGGCACAGAAAGUAAGAGCUCUGGCAUUACAGAUGAAUAGGGGAAAAAUUGUAGUAAUAACACAAGUAAUUGUUGUAAUUGUUAACAGCAGUAGCAGCUGAGCCUCAUGGCUGUAUACCUGGACUGUAUACUGUAUAGCUGGACUGUAUGCUGAGGGCUUUAUGUUGCGGCAUUCAAGCAGUAGUUCCUAGCUCUGGACCCAGAUUCCCGUGUUUGAAUCAGCCUAUUGACACUGACACUUACCUUCUAUAUAAUUUUGGGGAAGUUACUUCAUGUCUCAAGCCUUGAUUUCUGCAUCAAAACAAAAAUAAUUCCCACUUUACCAGGUGGUUGUGAGAAUUAAAGAGAAAAUAUUCGUAAGCAACAAUGGAGUGCUUGGCACAUGUAAGUUGCUUGGUGUGUUUUUCUUUUAUUCAUCCUCCCGCAGACUAUAAUGUAAGUGCCAUAAUCAUCUUUAUGGCAUCGUCAGUGACCUGAGACUCAGGCGGCUCUAGCAAGUCUUCCAGAGUCACACAUUUCAGGAACAUAGGUUGGAUUUGAACAUCCAGUAAAAGACCAUACAUACAAAUUGCCUUCCUGGCAAUAUUCUGUCUCAGAAGAUCAAGGUUUUUCUUGGCAAUCACACAGGUCCUCUCAUGCCUCCUUGAACAAAAAAUAUUCUCUUUGGCUGUGCUAUUACUUCAGCCUAGAAUGUCCCCCAUAUUCUCUUUAUUACCAAACUCACCUGCUGGAGAGGCUGCUGCCCACCUUGCAAAGUUCACUUUAGGUGGCACCCCUAAUCUUCAGGGAAUAAUGGAGGAAAUGAGGGAUAAAAAAGUAAUAAGACAUAAUAGAAAACAAAGAGCAAAAUGGCUGAAGUAAGUGCCUCCUUUCCAGUAAUUACUUUACAUGUAAAUGGAUUAAACUCUCCAAUCAAAAGAUAGAGAUUGGCAGAAUGGAUUAAAAAAAACCGUGAUCCAACUAUAUGAUGUCUACAAGUGACUCACUUUAUGUCCAAAGACACAAAUAGGUUGAAAGUGGAAGAGUGGAGAAAGCUAUUUCAUGCAAAUAGUAACCAAAAGAGAGCUGAGCUGUCUCUGCUAAUAUCAGACAAAAUAGACUUUAAAUCCAAAAAGAUUACAAGUGACAAAUAAGGUCAUUAUAUAUUAAUAAAAUGUUUAACACAGCAAGAAGAUAUAACAAUAAAUAUUUACACGUAAUAACACCCAUCAAAAUAUAUGAAGCAAAAAUUGACAGAAUUGAAGGAGGAAAUAGACAGUUCUACGUUAGUAGUGAGAAACUUCAGUACCCCACCUUUAAUAAUGGAUAGAUCAACCACACAGAAGAUAAGUAAAGAAAUAGAGAACUUGAACAGCUUAAUAAACCAAGUAUAUCUAACGGACAAUUAACACUCCACCCCAAAACCGCAGAAUACACAUUCUUCUCAAGUGCACAUGGAACAUUCUCUAGGGUAGCUUUUAUAUUAGACCACAAAACAAGUAUCAAUAGAUUUAAAAAGAUGGAUAUCAUACUAGGUAACUUGAACAUAACAGGAUCAAGUUAGAAAUUAAGGAAAACUGGAAAAUUCACAAAUGUGCAGAAAUUAAACUAUGCACUCUCAAACAACUGCUGUGGUCUGAAUGUGUCCUCCCAAAAUUCAUAUGUUGAAAUCCUACUGCCCAAUGUGAUGGUAUUAGGAGGUAGGGCCUUUGGGAGAUGCUUAGGUCAUGAGGAUGGAGCCCUCAGGAAUGGGAUUAGUACUCUUAUAAAGAGUUCCCAUAGGUCUCUAUAUAGCUCCUUCUGCCAUGUGAGGAUAUGCUAAGUCUGCAAUCUGGAAGAGAGCUCGGCAACACUGGCGCCCUGAUCUCCGAAUUCCAGCCACAAGAACUGUGAAAAAUAAAUUUCUGUUGCUUAUAAGCUACUCAGUCUCUGGUAUUUUGUUAUAGCACCUUGAAUGGACUAAGAAAACAACCAAUGGGUCAAAGAAGAAAUCAGAAAUAAGUCAGAAAAUAUUUAAAGACUAGCGAAAAUGAAAACACACAUACCAAAAUUUAUGGUAUACAGCAAAGGCAGUGCUAGGAGAGAAAUUUAUGGCAGUAAUUGCCUACAUAAAAAAAAAAAAUCUGAAAUCAAUAACCUAACAUAACACCUUUAGGAACUACAAAAAAGACAAACUAAACCAAAAGAAGAAAGGAAAUAAAAAGUAGAGUGGAGAUAAGCCAAAUAGAAAAACAACAGAGAAAAUCAAUGAAAUCAAAAGUUGACUCUUUGAAAAGAUCAACAAAAUUAACAAAGCUUUACCUAAACUGACAGAGAAAAAGAGAAGACCCAAAGAACUAAUAUGAAAAUGGAGAUACUACUACUGACCUUACAGAGAUUAAAAAAAAAAAAGAAUUAUGA